GCUAACGACACAUGAGGAAACAACAUGCUCCUUUACUCAGUGGUGUAACAUUUUUCGUUGUUUAACUAAGAAAAGUUAUAUUUCGAGAGUACCUUUCCUAGUGGGUUUCUUCCCCACAUUCUCAAUUCAGACAUCGGUUCAUCGGAAGCUUUGCAGUAAAGAUGCCUGUCCUGUGCAGCAGCUGUGCUGAGAAAAGAGCUGUGCUGAAACGUCCAAAAACUGGCCACUCGUUGUGUAAGGAGUGCUUCUUCUGGGCCUUUGAGGAGGAGGUGCAUCAGACGAUUGUGGCAGCAAAGCUGUUCAAACCUGGGGAAACGGUAGGAAUCGCUGCCUCAGGAGGGAAGGACUCCACAGUCCUCGCACAUGUAAUGAAGCUCCUAAAUGAGCGAUACAACUAUGGGCUUGAACUGAUGCUUCUCUCAGUGGAUGAGGGGAUCACUGGUUACCGAGAUGACUCGUUGGAGACCGUAAAGAGGAAUCAGCAACAGUACGAACUGCCACUGAAGAUUGUGUCUUACGAGGAGCUGUAUGGCUGGACUAUGGAUGCUAUAGUGAAGCAGGUGGGACUGAAAAAUAACUGCACCUUCUGUGGAGUGUUCAGAAGGCAGGCGCUAGACAGAGGAGCCAUCAUGCUGAAAGUGGACAAGAUAUGUACAGGUCACAAUGCUGACGACGUGGCAGAAACAGUUUUGAUGAACGUCUUGCGAGGGGACAUAGCUCGUCUUCGUCGCUGCACUGCCAUCUCCACAGCCAGUGAGGGCGAAGGGGUCGUGCCUCGAUGCAAGCCCCUUAAAUAUGCGUAUGAGAAAGAGAUUGUUCUGUACGCUUACUUUAAGAAGUUGGACUACUUUUCCACUGAAUGUAUUUACUCUCCCAAUGCUUAUCGUGGCUAUGCAAGAACCUUUUUAAAGGACCUGGAGAGUGUGAGGCCCAGCUCCAUCAUGGAUAUCAUCCACUCCGGUGAGAACCUCUCUGUACGAGAGGGGGUGAAGAUGCCAGUGCAGGGGACCUGUAAUCGCUGUGGCUACAUCUCAAGCCAGGCACUGUGCAAGUCGUGUGUGCUCCUGGAGGGGCUGAACCGAGGCCUGCCGAAGCUGGGUAUAGGCAAACACCACCGUCUGCACGACAAAAUCCUCUCCCAGCAGCCUCUUACUGAGAAGGAGGAGAGGAAGCUGAAAUCAGUAGACUUUUGACAAUUGCUAUCUCUUUUUUUAUUUCCUAUAAGACUUAAGAUAUAUAAUGAAAUUUUAGAAUAAACCACAUUUGUUGUAUUUUAAAUGGGAAAAGACUAGCCUAAGGUGUCAAGUCUUAUUUUUCAUGUAUCAUUAAUUGAAUAUUUAUUGUAUUCAUUGGUGUGUAACACUAUUUUCGUAGAACUGAGAAAACCUCUUACACCAGUGAUUCAUCUUCUCAGCACAGACUGACUGCGGUGUUACAGCUGCUAACCUGGAUCACCAACAUAUUAUGUAGACACCGAAAUGUGGGCUUAUCUUACGGUACUGUUCAAUAAUAGCUGAAUGGUACAUGUAUGUAGGUUUUCAUAGUAAUUUGCCCCAUCUGAACAACACAGAGAUGGCAAAAGGUGGAACUUGUCUGCUUGUGUUUUUGUUUUGGUAUGAAAUUGAGUUUUGUCCCAGCCUGUAUUUUUCUGUUUUAAGUUUUGUCAUUGAGUUGCUAAACUUUGAGAGUCAGCAUCAUUUGGAUUUUCAAUUUUUUUAAAGUGAAAUGGUUAUGGACUGGAAUCUCACACUGACAGCGUGUUUUAUUUUAUGCUACCGCUUAUGUGCGAUUUCACCAGUCUCUGGAGAGAAUAUGAUGACAUUCAUGGCCAUAGUCCAAGGUAUUUUAUGAACUAUAAUUUAAUAAAUUCAUUGUCCCACA